CGCAUGGUUCUCCAUUCGUAGUAGCGCGCACGUGUAUCGUUUGAUCGGCAUUCCGAAUAAUUUCGUGUAAAAUUUUACCGGAAAAAGUAAGUUUAUUCGUGCCAAAAUGGUAGCAAACAAGCAGAAAGCUACCAAACGGAAGGUUCCCGUUUCGGAGGAAGUGGAAAAACCCAAGGCAAACAACGGGAAGCACCAUGCGAAGGUGACGGACACGGCCGACGAUGAAAGUGCCAGCGAUUAUUAUGAAUCCGAUGAGGAAAACCUGUUUGCAAAUAUCGAUAAUGGUAAUGAUGAGGACAGCACGGACUCCGAGGGUGAAGGUGGCGAAUCCGACGACGAGGAUGUUCAGGAAUUUGAAAGUGCGGAUUCCGAUUUCGAAGACGAAUCUGGAGAAGAUGAGAAGGAAGAGGAAGAAGAAGAUGAUGAAGGGGACGAAGAUGAAGAGGAAGACGAUUCGGCGGAUGAUGUGAACAGCGAUAGUUCUCCAGAGCCGGAUGAGGAGGAAAGCGACGAUGAGCUGGAAUUUGAGGAAGACCUAGCAGAACCGGAACUACCCCAAUCGAUUCAGAAAGCGGUUGGUGGUAAGCCAAAGAAGGGUGUUGUAGCAAAACUAGCAGAGGAUGAAGACGAAGAAGAUGACGAGGAGACCCGCAACUUGCUGGAAGCGGCGCAGAAGGAAGAUGAAAAGUUAGGUGAAAUCGAUGCAGCGUUAGGAACAGCUCCGGUAAAAACCAGGGGUGUCGGAAUCUUUCCUCCGGAAGCCAAAUCCAGAUUCAAAGGGGGCAAGAACCAGGACGAAUACGCUGGUGGAGACACUUCCGAUGAGGAGGACAUCCGGAACACGGUCGGAAAUAUUCCCAUGCAUUGGUACGACGAAUACAAACACAUCGGAUAUGACUGGGAAGGGAAUCGGCUGAUCAAACCACCGAAAACCGAUGCCAUUGAUGAUUUCUUGAAGAAGAUGGAAGAUCCAAACUUCUGGCGUACGGUUAAGGAUCCGCAGACGGGACAGAAUGUGAUCUUGACGGAUGAAGACAUUGGAUUGAUUAAGAGGAUUAUGUCCGGGAAGAAUCCCGAUGAACAGUACAGUGACUAUGAGCCCUGGAUCGAAUGGUUCACCUCGGAGGUCGAGAAGAUGCCAAUCCGGAACAUUCCGGAUCACAAGCGAUCAUUCUUGCCAAGCAAGUCAGAGAAGCAAAAAAUCGGUCGUCUUGUCCAUGCGCUGAAAAUGGGUUGGGCUAAGACCCGUGCCGAAACCGAGAGGCUGGCCGCACUGAACAAAGGCCCAAAGUUCUACAUGAUUUGGGAGAGCGAUCACGGCAAGGAGGAAAUGCGAAGAAUCCACGAUCACGUUGUUGCUCCGAAGCGUCCACUUCCGGGGCACGCCGAAUCGUACAACCCGCCACCGGAAUAUCUUUUCAACGAGAGAGAACUGGCCGAGUGGAACAGUCACGAGGAAGAACCAUGGAAGAGGAAACUGCACUACAUUCCGCAGAAGUUCAACUCCCUCCGGGAAGUUCCCUACUACGACAAAUACAUCCGGGAGCGUUUCUUGCGCUGCUUGGACUUGUAUCUGUGCCCUCGUGGCAAACGAACAAGAGUCACCGUGGGACCGGAAUAUCUGAUUCCGAAGCUGCCUUCGCCUAAGGAUUUACAGCCGUUCCCGACCCUGCAGAAUCUGAUCUACAAGGGCCACACUGACAUGAUCCGUUCGAUCAGCAUCGAACCAAAGGGCGAAUACCUGGUUACCGGUUCGGACGACCAGACCGUUAAAAUCUGGGAAGUCUCGACGGCUCGUUGCAUCCGAACGAUUCCAACAGGCGACGUAGUGCGCUCCGUUGCCUGGUGCCCGAACAGUAAAAUUUCGCUCAUCGCCGUGGCCAGUGGGAAACGUGUUAUGCUCAUCAAUCCCCAGGUUGGGGACAGCCUGCUGGUGAAGAAGACGGAUGACCUCCUGGCGGAAGCUCCCAAAUCCGAAACGGUGGACAACGAGCGUAUCACCACCGCUGUCCAGUGGGUCGAUUUCACCGACGAGGAACGACGAUCCGGAGUACGGAUUGUGAUCAACCACUUCAAGGAGAUCAAACAAGUUACCUGGCACGGACGAGGAGAUUACUUUGCCACCGUGAUGCCGGAGGCAGCCAAUCGAUCGGUGCUGAUCCAUCAGCUAUCCAAACGCAGGUCGCAGUUCCCGUUCUCCAAGAGCAAGGGAUUGAUUCAAUGCGUGCUAUUCCACCCGGUGAAGCCGUGUUUGUUUGUUGCGACUCAACGACACGUCCGCGUGUACGAUUUGGUCAAGCAGGAACUGCUUAAAAAGCUGUUCCCCAGCUGCAAAUGGAUUUCGAGCAUGGCGAUCCAUCCCAAGGGAGAUAAUUUGCUGGUGGCCACCUACGAGAAGAAAAUGAUGUGGUUCGAUCUGGAUUUGUCGACACGGCCCUAUCAGCAGCUUAAGUUGCACCAUUCUGCCAUCCGGAACGUUGCCUUCCAUCUGCGGUAUCCGUUGUUCGCCUCGGCGAGUGACGAUCGCAGCGUGAUCGUUUCCCACGGAAUGGUCUACAAUGACCUGUUGCAGAAUCCAUUAAUUGUUCCCUUAAGACGGCUGGAGCAUCACGAACGAGUCAAUGAUUUUGGCGCAUUUGAUGUAGUGUUUCAUCCAACCCAACCGUGGUUGUUUUCGUCGGGAGCUGACAACACCGUUCGGCUGUACACGUAGAGGUAAGAUGUAUCAUCAAUCACUUGGUACGAUUUGAUUUAUACUUAUGUUAGCAUAAACCAUGCUUUUUCAAUUAAAGUUAAAUGUAAAAAUA